UUGUUUUGAAUCACCACAUCUUCAUUUUUGAACGGCCGGAUAAUUUUAGUUCUGCCAAAUUUUUUCCGACCAAAGUUCAUCAUGGGCUUGAGCAUGUGGCCGUUCGGGGGCUAUAAGUUCUCAUCUGGGGAUACCGUGCCUUCGCAUCCGUACUAUCCCCUAGGCGUCUAUAUUCCAUCAUACCGCCCGAAUGAGGCUCCCGUCUAUGUGCUCCUGGCUGCUCUAGCUGGCAUGCUAGGGUUUGCUGUUUUAGGUGCUUCUGCGGUGGCAUUGAAAGUCAAUCCGAAAUUGACCAAGUCGAAUCUAGCAGUGUUCUGCUGGUUUGUGAUGAAUGGCUGUCUGCAUUGCUUCUUCGAAGGAUACUUCGUCUUGAACCAUGAUACUGUCGCGUCGUCACAGAAUCUGUUGGCGCAGCUAUGGAAGGAGUAUGCGUUGUCCGAUUCACGAUACUUGACUUCGGACACCUUCAUGCUUAGUGUUGAGAGCAUCACAGCAUUUGUAUGGGGACCUCUCUGCUUCGCAAAUGCUGUAUCCAUCGUCCGAGGUAGCCCCUUUCGACAUGCACUUCGCAUCAUCGUCUGCAUGGCACAUUUGUAUGGUGUCGCCCUGUAUUAUUCCACUAGCCUGAGCGAGGAAUACCUCACGGGGCUUCCCCAUAGCCGACCCGAGUUUCUGUACUUUUGGGUCUACUAUGUUGGGUUUAAUCUGCCUUGGGCCAUCAUCCCAUCGAUGCUUUUAUACAACAGCACCCAGACUAUUACAAAGGCAAUAAAAGCAUUAGACAAGGUAGACAACACACUGAGAACGCGUCGACAUGCACAGGACGGAAAAAGGGUGGCAACUGAAUCCAGAAAGACAAAGUAGCCGCAUCAUUAUAGACUAGUAUUAGAUUGCACUUGAGGCCAUUGGUCUCAUUCAAAGAUUAUAUUCACAUACCCACACUAGACAGGCAGAAGAGACAAUCCACUUCACUAGCAAACUUGGCUGUAUUUGUUGAAUUUCAUGAAUCCUGCCUAUAGAGAACGCCAGCCUAUCCUUACUCCUAUACGAAGUAGCUAAUGGAUUGUCAUCAGCUUAUGUUAUGGCACCGAGGAUGGCAAUAUUAGGUGUACCAAACUAACAUGUAAGGGCAGAGGAACUGCGUAUUGACCAUAGCCUAGUAGUCCCCUUCGAUCCGCUCAAUUCUGUCUAGUUUAUUUCCUUUCACCAUCCAGUCCGUGAAAUAUUCAGCAAAGACGUUGGUCGUCGCCAUGCACACCGGGGGUAUUCUUUCUUAGCGAGCUAAUGUCAUCCUAUAACAUACAGCUUAUCGCACGUACUUGUUCAUGAAUCGUUUAUGGAAGUCCGAUCGUAGCAUAUCCUAG